AUGGCACCCAAAAACCCAAAGGCAUCUGAGCAGCUAGAAAAGGCCCCAGAGCCCCCCCGAGACUACCCCACCAUCGCGGCACAGCUCGACGCCGAGUACCUUGCCUCCCGGCCCUUCCAGGUCCUGCGCGACGAGAACGGCUUCGCGAGCCUGUCGCCGCGCGAGAGGUCGGCGUACGCGACCGCCGUGCUGCUGGAGACCGGCACCUGGCACGCGUGGGCCGCGCCGCAGCAGAAGGAGUUCUGGCAGACGGUGGAGCGGCUGCAGAUUCCCAUCCCGGUGCCGAGACCGCGGGGGUUGGGGAAGGACCCGAGGGGUGUUGCCCUGGGGGAGUACACGCCCUCGGAAUACGGGCUCUACGCGCGGAGGGAGAGGGAAUUGAGGGGUUUGCGGGCGAAGAGCGAGAGCUUUAGGAGGACGCGGGCCUCUGAGCAGGGAGCGUCGGAGGAAGCGGUGGAAGAGGAGAGGAACCGGAGGAAGCUGCUCGGGCACUUGCAAGGGAGGAAGAUGGGCGUCUACGAGAGCGAUCCGAAGUGGGAUGAUGUGGUGCCGUUGGCCCAGGAUGAUGGAGAGGGGGCUUUGGCUGCUAUUGCCUAUACGGACGAGUACGCCGAGGGCAACAAUGGGCUACCUCCGCGCCCCCACUACACCGUCUGGCUCUACCGAGCCUCUACUCUCUUCGCCCUCGCCUCUCCUCUCGAGGAGGAGCUCGACUGGUUGAACCAGGUCGCCCUCGACAACCAAAAGAAUUACCAGAUCUGGCACCACCGUCAACUCCUCAUCGACCACCUCUACACCCGAAUCGCAUCCGACGCAGCCGCCAUCGCGAGACUCGCCGACUCGGAAGUAUCAUUCAUGAGCCAGAUGUUCCACGAGGAUGCCAAGAACUACCACGUCUGGAGCUACCGCCAGUACCUGGUCCGGAAGCUGGACCUGUUCAACGAGAAGGAGCUGGAGUCUACCCACGACCUGCUCCGCACGGAUGUGCGCAACAACAGCGCCUGGUCGCACCGCUUCUUCGUCGUCUUCUCGGACCCGAAAAUCUGCACGCCGGGCUGCCCGGCCACGCAGCCCGACCCCCGGAUCCCGGACGAGAUCAUCGAGCGCGAGUUGGAGGUGGCCAAAGCCGCCACGUACGACACGCCGCAGAACCAGAGCCCGUGGAACUACCUGCGCGGCGUGCUGCGGAAGGGCGGGAGGUCGCUGGCGAGCCAGGAGCGCUUCGCCGAGACGUUUGUGCGGCUCCCUGCCGCCGGCGGGGAGGGGGACGAGGCGGAAGCGGAAGAAGAAUACGUGCGGAGCAGUCACGCGCUGGACCUCUUGGCGGACGUGUGGGGGGAGAUGGGGGAGGUGGCGAAGGCGGACCGGGUGCUGGUGUUGCUGGGGGACAAGUACGACAGGAUCCGCAAGAACUACUGGGAUUGGAGGCGGAGCCUGCUGCGGACUGGACGUGAGGAGGUGAGAGGUGAGAGGUGA